AUGACAGAAAUUCCUGAUUCUGAAGUUCCAAAACAAAUUGAGAUAGUCAAAGCUGAUAUCAAGCGACUCCAACAGCUCAUUACAAAUUACAGUGAUCAACUUAGAGCUUCAGAUGAGCGUGUUAAAGAACAACAAGAUAAAAUUCGUGAAAUUAACAAUAAUAACAAAGAAAAACAAAGAGAAAUCGAUUAUCUGAAAACACAGCAAAACUCUCACAAUGAAUAUUUAGAUAAACAAUCAAAAAUAAUUUUAGCAAAAAUUGAUCUUGAGCAUCAAAAGGUUUUAGAGCAAAGAGCCAAUCUAUUUUCUCAAGAAAAGAACGGAUCUCGUGAAAUACAAGAUCUUGAAAACAGAUAUAAGCAUAAUAUUAAAUUAAAAUACGAAAAACUAGAAAAGAAGAAGCUCGAACUGGAAGAAGCCGAGCGCAAUCUUUCUCAUUUACAACAGGAACAAGAAGAGCAAAUUAAAUACAUUCUUAAACUAAAUCCUGACGAACCUCAAGCAAUUCAAGAAGAAGAGGAUGUUGAGGAAGAAAUAUCACCAGAAAAGAUAACAAAUGAUUCAUAUGAUAAAGUUAAUUCCCAAAUUUUAGAAAUCUUUAAACAACAAUUUGAUUUAAACCAUAAGCAUGAAGCGUUAAACAAACAACUCAAAAUAUUAACAGACCUAAAGGACGAAUUCCAAAAAUCUAUAUCACAAGAACGAGAAAAAAGUAAGCACUGA